GCGGCGGCCUGGGUGGCCGCUUGCCGCGCUGUCAGUGUCACAGGUAGCAGCCCCGCAUCAACAAUUGGACCGCUGGUGUCAGCUGAGCUUCAGGGCCGCACCACAAGCGAUGAGGCUGGCAAAACAGGGCUUGCUAGCUGCAGCGACGCCAGCAGCUCGCCGCGGCUGGUGGCUGGCAGCACGAGUGGCGGUGGCACGGCGGACAGAUUCAGCAGCUCUGGCGAGGAUGUCACCAGCGGAGGUGCCUGGGCUGCGGUGAUGGAAUCGUUGGCGACGCCGGCGCCGCGGCCCAGGAGCCAGCAGCGAGCACGGACCGAGGCGACAAGCCUGCUGCCGCAGCCCCUGAUCCAAGGCCACAUG